AAGUGAGAGCACCGAGACACACAGAAAGCUGCUCACCUGUCUUUUACGCACAGACGAACGGCGCACAUCCAGCCCCGGGUUUAAACAUGAUCAAAAAAAUGUCGCCCUCCGAAAGCGAUUUUGACAUCCCAGCAAAGAACUGCUACAGGAUGGUGAUUCUGGGAUCCACCAAAGUUGGCAAAAGUGCAAUCGUAUCCCGAUUCCUGAACGGGAGAUUCGACGAGCAGUACACGCCGACUAUCGAGGACUUUCACAGGAAAGUGUACAGCAUCAAGGGGGACGUUUACCAGCUGGACAUACUGGAUACGUCCGGAAACCAUCCUUUCCCUGCUAUGAGGAGGCUUUCAAUACUGACAGGUGACGUGUUCCUCCUCGUCUUCAGCUUGGACAACCGAGACUCCUUCCAGGAGGUGCAGCGGCUCAAGCGGCAGAUCUACGAGACCAAAAUGUGCCUGAAAAACAAGAUCAAAGAGAACAUCGACGUCCCUCUCGUGAUCUGCGGGAACAAGGGUGACAGAGAGUUUCACCGGGAGGUUCAGCAGGAGGAAAUCGAGCAGCUGGUGGCCGGGGACGAGAAGUGCGCGUACUUCGAGAUCUCCGCAAAGCGCAACGAGAACGUGGAUAAGAUGUUUCAGACUCUGUUUACCCUGGCCAAACUACCUCACGAAAUGAGCCCCGACCUUCACAGGAAAGUGUCGGUGCAGUACUGUGACAUGCUGCACAGAAAGUCGCUGAAAAACAAGAAGCUGAAGGACAUCGGGGAAGCGUACGGCGUGGUGACCCCGUGCGCCCGGAGACCCAGCGUGCACAGCGACCUCAUGUACAUUAAAGAAAAGGCCAUCGGAGGCGGCCACGGCAAAGACAAAGAGAGGUGCGUGAUCAGUUAAGCGGACGCUGAAGCUCAGACUCUAAUGACACGUUUGAAGGGAGAAGAGCCCGGCCUUUGUCAGAGCAGCCGGCAGCGAUCAAACUGACACCGGAGGUUUGGAGACGCCGAGGCCGCCGCGCGCUCCGGUGAAGCUCCGUUUAUAAAGGACACAGACUGGACACGAGUCCGCUAAAACUACCAAAAAAA